AUGAUUCCAGCAAGUAAAAGAAAUAUCGGUAAGACCGAGUGUUGUGCCAACCGGAACGGCUGCAUAUCGAACGAGAAGCGUUGCGAUCUGUUCCGAUAUGUCCGUUGGCUUUUGUAUGUAUCAGCGAUACGGCCAAUACCCUUUGACAAAUUUCUGCCGCGCCGCUUUCAUCGUUACAGUGUGCCACUUAAUUUGAUUCUGGAAAUAUUUCUCGAUUUAAUGGUGAUUCAUAUGUUAAUGCUCUUCAUCUUUACUAUUUACUUCAAUUAUGAGAGUGGCGAUUUAGAGUUUUUGAUAAGUGUGGGCUUACAAGCUUUAUUGUACCUUUGGACUACUAUCAUAAAGGUUGUUUUUCGACGUGUAUACCUCGAACUCGUCAAUGGAAUUUUGGAUUUCGUGAAUGAGGAAUACGUAAUUCAUUCAGCUGUGGGUUUUACUUACGUCACCAUGAAAGGCUGCUUGUAUCAGGUCAAUAAAGGCAUAAGAACAUACGUACUCCUCUGUCUCUCGGCUGUAAUAUUUCGAUUCUUUCUACCAAUUAUCUACAACGACCGUACGCUGCCACUGACCUGCUGGUAUCCUGUGGACUAUAAGGCACCGAUUAUUUAUGAAAUCGCUUACACUUUCCAAACCGUGGCGCAACUACAACUAGCGGCUACAUUUUUGGUUAGCAGUGUCUACUUCAUAGCAGCUUGUUUCUUACUCUCCGGACAAUUCGAUAUUCUAAACUGCAGUUUAAAGAAUAUAGUGGCCACGACCUACAUUUAUAUGGGUGCAAACAAAAAUGAAUUAAUAAAAAAAACAUUUUUCUUUCUUCAAUUUGCCGCAUCAAGAGAAUUACGAGAUAAAGAACGUAUGCCAGAUGAGGAGCUCAAUGAAUAUUUUCUUACAGCCGAAUUACCUUUUGAUUUGGAUUGCUUACCUCAUGUACUGAAUCCAACUGAUACCGUAAAGCCUCUGAGUUUUCGAGAAGCCUUUUAUUACGCUUUAGAGUCCUGUGUCAAACAACAUAUUUUUAUAUUGAAUGCUCUGCGUAAAGUGGAGAGCCUAUUUAAUUUAGUUUGGUUGGUGAAGACGUUUGUGGUCACGCUCACUCUUUGCAUGUGCGCCUUUAAUAUAGGCAAAUUAUCAAAAGGCAAAACUUUUCUGCAAGUAAUUUCGAUAAGUCAUUACACGUUUUUGGCGGUCUCGGAAAUAUUUAUGAUUUGCUAUGCCAGCGAGAUAGUCUAUGUGAAUAGUCAACGCUGCGACGAGGCCCUAUUACGCAGCCCCUGGUACUUGCAUCUCCGUGACGUGCGCGCCGAUUAUCUCUUAUUUUUGAAGAAUGCUCAACAGCCGUUCGAAUUCACGGCUGGCAAAGUUUUUCCGUUACGAUUGGAAAAGUUUCGUGAGAUUAUCACAACAUCGUUCUCGUUCUUUACUUUGUUGCGUAACAUGGAUGAACUUGACUGAAAGUUUUUUGUUAAUAAGGCUAACGGAAGAAUUAUAUGCACUACUAUAUUUUAUCGAACAAUUCUGUAGACAAAUGUCUACUAGGGUGCCUAAGUCAGCAAUUCGUAUUUAGAAAUAUUCAAUAAAGCACUAAACUAUUUUACUCACAACGCAUGGAAUAUAAUUUUGAAUAUUCGAUUUUGCUUCUCAUUUAACUUCGGUUCGGUUGAACCGUUGAACUUCCGCAGGCGAUUUGAAUUAUGUUGUUAAAGGUUUACAAAACCAGAAAUCUGUUCUACGGGUAUAAAAACGAAUGGAUUGGUGAUUUAAUGAACUCUUUGAA